AUGCACCUCUGCGCUUCACCACCGACUCCUUCCGAUGAUGCAGACAUGGCUGAGCUAGCUGUUGCCGUAGCACGCCCACCUCCAGAUGGUGGAUAUGGCUGGGUGUGUGUGGCAACGUGUUUCACCAUCAAUUGUUUUACCUGGGGUACUGUCUCCGCUUAUGGCAUCUACCUAUCGCACUACCUAGUGGAUAAUGUUUUCCCUGAAGCAUCUUCCUGGGACUAUGCAUUCAUUGGAGGCUUCAACUUUGCCAUCGCUAUGCUCCUUGCACCUUUCGUCACUGUCUUCUGUCGCAAAUUCGGUAUUCAUGUUAUCAUGUGCUGUGGACUGGUCUUCCAGCUUGGUGGCUUCAUUGCCGCCUCAUUCGCAACUCGUAUAUGGCAGCUACACAUCUCGCAGGGCGUCUUAAUUGGCUCUGGGAUCGGUUUCUUAUAUAUACCCUGCCUCCCAGUCCUUUCCCAGUGGUUCGAUCGAAGACGAAGUUUAGCCAAUGGUAUCAGUGCGGCAGGGUCUGGUGUUGGCGGUGCGGCGUUUGCAUGGGGUACUGAAGCUAUGAUCCAGCGCAUGAGCAUCAGCUGGGCCUUGCGCAUUACCGGUAUCGUCGCCUUCGUCGCCAAUGCUACUGCGAUAGCAUUCAUACGUGAUAGGAAUAAGGCCAUUCGACCAUCUCAGCUUGGAUUUGAUACCAAACUUCUCCGGCGUUACGAAGUACUACUGCUCCUCGCUUGGAUCUUCAUCAGUAUGCUGGGAUACGUUGUCCUGCUCUUCUCAUUGUCUGACUUCGCGCUAUCGAUCGGGCUCUCUAGAUCACAAGCCACCGAUAUGAUAGGAUUUCUGAACGUCGGUACUGCUGUUGGGCGACCAUUGAUCGGCGUGUUGAGCGAUCGAUGGAGCAGAGUCGACACAGCAGGGGCUCUGACUUUGCUGUGUGGGAUCUGUUGCUUCGCGUUCUGGUUGCCUGCGGCAUCAUACCCACUGACUGUAUUCUUUGUCAUAAUUUGCGGCGCUGUUGUUGGAGUAUUUUGGAUGACAAUCGGUCCACUUUGCGUUGAGGUGGCAGGCAUCAAGAACUUGCAGUCGCUGUUGUCUCUGUCGUGGAUGGCAGUGAUAAUUCCAGUAACAGUUUCUGAGGGAAUCGCUCUCAAGUUGAGGCGUCCAGCAUCCUCACGAGAGUAUCUCUAUACCCAGAUCUUUGCAGGUCUCUCGUAUGUCGUAGCCAGCGGCUUCAUGUUCCAGCUUCAUAGAGUGAAACGACGCCAAAAAUCUCCCACUCAAUAG